AUCGCCUUUCUGAGGACCCACCCUAGCUCGCAAGGAAACAACUGAUUUCUCCUCCUUUUGAUACGAUGCAAAUUUGGGACUGUCACCGCUAAUUCCAGAUAUUUCUUUCGCCCAGCGGCGAAUAUUUUGAUAAAAUGCCCUUGUUCGAUGGUUUGGGAAGUGGAGGAGAGAAGACCGCGAUAGUGAUCGAUUUAGGGGCAGCAUACACAAAAUGUGGCUUUGCAGGGGAAACGGGGCCCAGGUUCAUAAUUCCGAGCGAGAUCCGGAAGCCCGGACAGCAACAGGCCAUCAAAGUGGUUCAGUACAACAUCAACACAGAAGAGCUUUAUGUCAUCCUCAAAGAGUUUAUCCAUAUACUGUACUUCAGGCACCUGCUGGUGAACCCUCGCGACCGAAGAGUGGUCAUCAUCGAGUCCAUCCUCUGCCCAUCUCACUUUAGGGAGACUCUCACCAAGGUUUUCUUCAAACAGUUUGAGGUGCCUUCUGUGCUGUUUGCUUCGAGUCACCUCAUGGCCAUCAUGACCUUAGGCAUCAACUCUGCUUUGGUGAUGGACUGUGGAUACACAGAGACACUGGUGCUGCCUGUUUAUGAGUGCACUCCUAUUCUGCCGACUUGGGAGGCUUUGCCUUUGGGAGGGAAAGCCAUCCAUAAAGAGUUAGAUGGACUUCUGGUGGAGCAGUGCACUGUGGACACAGACACCACCACUGGACAGAGCGUACAGGCUGCUAUUGGGACCAUCCCAGAGGAGACUGUGGAGGAUAUAAAGGUAAGAACAUGCUUUGUCAGUGACCUGCAGAGAGGCCUCCAAAUCCAGGAAGCCAAAUUUAACCUGGGUGGAACAGCAGAGCGGCCAGCCCCUCCCCCAGAUGUUGAUUAUCCUCUGGAUGGUGAGAAGAUUCUCCAUGUCAAAGGCUCAAUCAGAGACUCUGUGAUGGAGAUCUUAUUUGAACAAGACAACGAGGAGAAGAGUGUAGCCUCUCUGAUUCUUGACUGUCUGGUCAAGUGCCCCAUUGACACGCGUAAAGUGCUGUCUGAGAACCUGGUGGUGAUCGGAGGCACAGCCAUGCUGCCCGGUUUCCUGCAUCGCCUGCUGGCAGAGAUUCGCCUCCUGGUGGAGAAGCCAAAGUACAGCAGCGUGCUGGCCAGCAAGAGCUUCCGUAUACACGCCCCGCCUGCCAAACCCAACUGCACUGCCUGGCUGGGAGGCGCCAUCUUCGGGGCUCUGCAGGACAUCCUCGGCAGUAGAUCAGUGUCACGGGACUACUACAACCAGACAGGUCGCAUCCCUGACUGGUGCUGCUUGAGCUCUCCUCCUCCUGAGUCUUUGUAUGAAGCAGGGAAGACCCCUCCUCCCCUAAUGAAGAGGGCCUUCUCCACUGAGAAGUAGAAAGUGCUGUAAUAUAAUCCUAGAAUUUUGUUUUGUUCCUCUAAUAUAGUUAAUAUAGGUAGUCAUCUGAAACAGGAACCAAAUCUACCAACACAGGUGUCUAAUAUGUAUGAAUGUUUGUUGUGAUGACGUGCUUUCUGACCUAUAUUGUACAUGAUGAUGGUUUGGAAUAUUUUACAGCAGAAUAGUUCAGCAGAAAUGUUUCCUGUAAAGGAGCUGAGUUUGUCAAAAUAAUGUUACUAAGCCUGAGUCACAAUUAGUCCUUGUGACAACCAGGGUCUCUCAGUAACACACAAACACACACAAACAAACACACGCUUAUGUCUAACUAGCCUUGUAGAUACAUUAAACACACAGUGUUGGCUUUUUGUUCAUGGCAAUUUGCAUCUUCUCAUCUUCUUGACACUGAGUUGAUCAGAAAUUCUGAUGUUGCUGCUGUUGGUAUGAUAACUUUAGCUUGAAAUGAAAUUUCCUAUCAGCCAACAUUAGUCUCAGCUUUGCACUGUCUGUUAUUGCCAGAUUAUCAGUAAAGAGGCAGGAGUGCUUAAAGCUGUCUAUCUAUGUUAAAGCCAGUGUGUGUGUGUGGCUCGGAGGCUGCUCUGAUGGUGAUAGAGAGGUUUAUAAAUAGUGAAAAACAUCCUGAAGGAGAAGCAGUGAUGUUGCACCAGACUUAUUUAUGACAUGCACAAAGAAUCUGGAGCAACUGUCAAGGACCAGGCUAAAUAUUUAUAUAAAAUUGAAUCAAAAGGGGAACACUCAACUGUUACCUUAUGACCCCCCCCCAAGUCAGUUGAGCCCCAGGGGCAUUGAAUCAGCUUCACGUCCUUUGGUUUCAUGUGUGGUGGUAUUCAUUCACAGAUGACAAGGCACAAGAAUCUUCACCGUGUUCUGCCCCAAAGUCACACGUGCACGGAGGAGAUAUGUCUCCUGGUCUCUGCUCCCUCAAAAGAAGCAAGAGAAGUGAAAGACUCCCGCAUAAAUAGUUUGAAUGCUUCUUGGAUAUUUGAUGGUGCAGGGAGCUGGCUUACCAUUAUAACCCAUGUAGUACGUGCUUACAUUCAUCGUGUUGUGGAUUUCAAACCCAUUACGGCCAAUGAAAAUGAAGUUUAGGAAGAUGUGUCAUUUAGAUGUUGGGAAAUAAAAAAAGCCGAUUUCACAUUUUUGCGAUAAAUGAUGUUUGCUGUUACAUUUAUGUAAUAUUAAAAAUGUCAAACCUG